UGGAAGCGUGACCGGUCUGCGUCCACACAAGAUUGAGUGGCAGCAUUCACGACCGAGGCACAGCCUGCGCCCAACUAUGACGGAUGUUCCUAAAGCACAUCGACCUGACGACCGCGCUGCGGCCCUCGUACCUACCUGAUGAGGACCUCCUCUUUGUCCAAGACAAUGUGGGGUUGUAUCAGGGCAAGUACAAGCUGCCCAGCCACCAGAAUGGCCAGAUAUACCUGACCUCGCACCGGAUCUGCUACGUGGACAAGGCGGAGCCGAGGAAGCAUUCGCUGGCUCUCGAUCUCAAAGAUGUGGAGCGCUUCGAGUUCUAUGGCGGUUUUCUCAAAUCCUCUGCCAAGAUCACCCUCUUUCCCAAGGCCACGAAGCGCGCCUCGUUCCAGCCUCGUUCCUCCGGCCUGGGGGAUGAUGGCCCUUCGCGAAGCAGCACUUCCUCCCCCGUGCGGCAGAUCGAAGGCGGCCUUCGGGUGGCACCCAUAGAGCCGCCCCCGGCGUCGACAGCCACAUGGGUUUGCACUAUCUGUAGCUUUUCCAAUCCUGUGCCUUCCAACUUCGAUCCCACCACCGCCAAUGCGCACACGCCCCUGCCUCCGUGUCUCGCCUGCGGGAUCAAGCCCACCCUCACGCAUGUUUUGAAGGCGACCAUAUCCAAUGCCACGAGCCGGCAGCAGCCUGGCAGCCCGGGGCUGCAGACUCCACGGCCGAUCCGGCCCCAACCGCUGACCGAGCUCUCCGCCGAGAGCCAGGGUAGCUCUUCUGGGCUGGGUGCGGAUCGAGCCGCUUCGUCUCAGGAACCCGAUCAAGACGCAUCCUUCCAAUGUCCGCGAUGUACUUUCCUCAACCAUCCCUCGCUCUUGUCCUGCGAGAUGUGCGGGGCACCCCUGAUCUCGCACGAUCUGCCCGUCGAACUCACGCAACCGGUCCGGCCACACACAGAGUCUCCGGGUCCAGUUCUGAACACCUUUGGCGCAGCUCCCCCGGGCAUGGAGAACCCCGACAGCGUUAAGAUUUCGUUCCGCGGGGGCGGCGAGAAGAUCUUCUACGAACGACUGAAAGGCGCCAUGACGCAGCGGAAAUGGCUUCUCCAAGGUGCACCCCCCAUUCCGAAGGCGACACGACCGGGCGAUGCUCUCGCCGACCACCCCAACGCCGGCACAGCAAGCAAUUCCGUCUCCCGAGACCGGCCGAAGAUUGGCGGCAUCGCCGGUCUCGAGCGCCACAGCCAAGCCGUGCGCAAGAACAACGAGCUCGUCAUCGGCUCGGCCUUCGAGGACCUCGAGGCGCUGAUGGCCUCGGCCAAGGAGAUCGUCGCGCUCGCCGAGACGUUCGCGCGGCAGGUCAAGGGCGCGUCGGGCGGCUCGAGCGCGAGCGAGAACGCGCUGCUCGCCGACUCGGUCUCGCAGCUGGGGCUGAUCACGACCAAGGACAUCGUCGGCAGCAGCAGCGGGUCCGGCGGCAGCGACUCGCUGUACCUGUCGGAGCUGGCGCGCACGCUGGCCGAGUUCCUGACGGACGACCGGCGCGGCGUGCUGAAGAAGGCCGGCGGCAUCAUGUCGCUGGUGGACCUCUGGGCCGUGUUCAACCGCGCGCGCGGCGGCGUCGAGCUCGUGAGCCCGGCCGACUUCGAGAAGGCUGCGCUCCUGUGGGAGAAGCUGGGCCUUCCCGUCCGGCUGCGCACGUUCAAGUCGGGCGUAAAGGUGGUGCAGGGCAGGGACCGCACCGACGAGACGACCAUCAAGGCGCUGCUUGCCUGGAUGAGGGACCUGCACGAGUUCCCGCCCGACCGGGACGUGGCGUGGGACUGGCGCAGGUUUGGGCGCGGGGUCACGGCGAGGGACGUCGCCGAGAGGUUUGGCUGGAGCAUUGGUGUCGCGGAGGAGGAGCUCGAGAUGGCGGAGGAGAAGGGCGUACUGUGUCGCGAAGAGGGUAUAGAGGGGUUGAAGUUCUGGGAGAACUUCAUCGACACCGGCGAGGGGAAGGGUUACAAGGAUCCGGCGACGAUUGAGCAGGAGAGGAUGAUUAAGCUGUUGAAAGAGCACGGUCUCGUUUGACCUCGGGACAGCAGAGGCUGCUUCGGGGCAUACAACGAUCUUGUCAGGGUUGAGGAGCGAUGGUGUCUAUGGCGCCAGCAAAUCAUACAUCUGGAACGAAAACCCGACCACCGAAACCGUUCUCUU